AUGAGAUUAACAGGCCCUAUGCGAGUUGUGGCCGUGUUGCUUUUGGUGGGGCUUACAUGGCUGCUGGCAAGCACUUUGUUUGGAGGGGAAAACGGAUCUUUUGUUAGCCGUUUCUUUAAUGGUGCAAGUCAGGAACCGACUGCUGCCGAUGUUCGACCACGGCGGUAUAAAUGUGGCCUUUCAGCGGCGUGCCCCCCCAAACAUUUGGCUUUCCGUCUGGUGUCAGGAGCUGCCAAUGUCAUUGGACCCAAAAUCUGUUUGGAGGAUAAGAUGUUAUUAAGCAGCGUGAAGAACAACGUUGGCAGAGGAUUAAACAUCGCUUUGGUGAAUGGGGUGACAGGUGAACCGCUGGAAACAAAGACCUUUGAUAUGUGGGCAGGAGAUGUUUCUGACCUGUUGAAAUAUCUGCGUCCGCUCCACGAGGGAACUUUGGUGUUUGUGGCCUCAUUUGAUGAUCCAGCUACAAAGUUGAAUGCAGAGUCUCGGCGACUGUUUGAGGAGCUCGGGAGCACUGCAAUCAAGGAAUUAGCCUUUCGAGACAGUUGGGUGUUCGUCGGUGCGAAGGGUAUCGAGAAUAAGAGUCCGUUUGAGCAGCGGAUGAAGAACAGUAAGAGCAGCAACAAAUAUGAAGGUUGGCCUGAGUCACUAGAGAUGGAUGGCUGUAUUCCCUUGCGGCCACUUGUUGAAGUUUAA